AUGAAAGAAAGAUUUUAAUGUCUCUUAAAGGAAAGAAAUUUGAACAAAUAAUUUAAAUAAUUGCCUUUGAAGAAAAGCUAGAUAAAAUUUUCACAAUUAUGGAGCUUGGGGAUCGCCUAAAUUUUGAAAACCUGCAGAAUAAAAAACAGAUAUGCUUACAAAUAAAACAUUUCAAUAAUUUAGAUGGCAAAAGGAGUUUCUGAAUUACAUAAAUUAGGAUUCUUUCAUCGAGAUUUUAAAACAUCUAAUUUUGUAAUGGGUAAAGAUAAUAAAAAUCAAAUUGAUAUGAAUCUCAAAACAAUAGAGGACAACACUCAAACUUAAGAGGUUGGCACAUAUUAAUUUAUGGCUCCUGAAAUUUUGGUUAGCUCAGAUUAUGAUUCUUCCGUCGGUAUUUGGUCUUUGGGAAUGGUUUUUUAUUAAGCACUACUAGGAAUUGGAUUUUUUUCAAUGAAGAAAGAGUAUGAAACAAGCAAUGAACUACUGUAAAUUAAGCAAAUAUAAAUCAAUGAAAGACUAAGAGCAAAUAAAAUUUAGAAUAGUGGUAAUAAAAAAUUACUAUAAAAAAUAAUUGUUCAAAGAUUAGAUUAAGAAAAAAAGAAAAAUAAGGAUGUGAAAAGAAUUGGUAUUGAUGAAGUAAUUCAUGAACUAGAAGAAAAAGGUUACAAACAAAAGAUAGAUUUGUAUGAGAUUUUAGUUUAAUUAAUUGAUGACAAAGGAAUCAUCAACAUUAUUCUUUCAAAAUUGAAAAAAGAAAAAUCUUAUGAUUGCUUAAAUAAACCUUAAAAGAACUCAAAUGAUUAGAAAAAUUUCUUAGAAGAAAAUGAUCUAAGAAAUAUAAGGGAACUUAAAUUUAAUAAAAAGAAUUACUUAAAGGAGGAAUUUGUAUAAAUAGAAAGGAUUUGA